AUGUCUCUCAUUCAUCAACUUCUUGGCGAUGAAAGCUAUGACCCUUUCCUAUCUAUGAUCAACAAGUGCCCUGUACUAAGCACCCCAACAGACUGGAAAGAGACCAGUGAUGCUCACGUGUUCAUAUCUGACCUUCCAGGGAUGAAUAAAGAAGAGGUCAAGGUGGAGGUUGAUGAUGGAAGGGUGCUUCACAUUAGUGGUGAGAGGAAAAAACAUGUGGAUGAAGAUGACAAGAAUAACAAGUGGCAUCACAUUGAACGUUUUCAUGGCAAGUUUCAAAGGAGGUUCAGGCUCCCAGAGAAUGCCAAGGUGGAUCAAAUUAGGGCUAGCAUGGAGAAUGGUGUGCUUGUUGUGACUAUCCCUAAGCAGGAGGUCAAGAAACCACAAACCAAGGUGAUUCAAAUUGAGGGAAACUAA